GCGAGGCCAUGCUCGCUCUGCUCAGAUGCCGUUUGCGAUGGUUGUCGAGGCGAUUUGCUAGCAGAGCGACUGAAAUCUCAAGAGAGAGUUUUCCGUUUUUGACUGGCUCAACCUCUACCACGGACACGCGUCGGCAGUGCUAGGGCCCACGACGACGGAACAAGUGUCGUUUGUGUUGAAGUACUGUAACGACCGUAAUCUGUCCUUGGUGCCCCAGAGGGGUACCUAACACGGGGCUAGUAGGCGGGAGCGUGCCCGUGUUCGACGAGGUCGUGCUGUCGAUGUCUCUUAUGAAUAGAGUAAUUGAUUUCAACGGUGCAUCGUGAGUUCUGACAUGUCAAGCCGGAUGCAUUCUUCAGAACUUGGAUGCGUUCUUGGAAGAGAGAGGUCACUUGAUGCCGCUAGAUCUCGGAGCGAAAGGAAGCUGUCAGAUAGGAGGGAAUGUGGCUACAAAUGCGGGAGGGAUUCGUUUGCUGCGCUAUGGUUUACUUGGCGGAAGUGUUCUGGGUGUCCAGGCCGUUCACGAGCCGAGGUGUGUUAGUUCACAACUCUGAGCAGAAGAAAAUAACCUUCGACGAAUUUGGUGACAUCGAAUGCUCUGGCGUUGAGCCCAGUUACCUGCCAUCACAAUUCGAGAUUGCCUUCGUCAAAGAGAAUGUCAGCAAGUCUGGUCAUGUCGUUUGUAUACUCUCCCGAUCCUUUGGUCUGCAGAAAAACUACUUUGUGGCUCUGAAGGGCAGUGGUGAAGGAAUGAAAUUUACAGUAGAGAAUGCUGGAACUGACGAUUCCUUCAGAUUAAAAGUUUUAUUUUACUAUGAGCGACGAUUCCUAUUCCAAAGUGCAUCGUUUCCAAGCACUAUUUGGUGAUCCUCGAUACCUUGCAUUUGAUUCCCAAGGAGUUCAAGUGACUGUUACAGACAAAGACUCAGAAAGCACAGUCUUUGACUUAUUAAUGUGAUCGCAGUAGUUUGAUCAACGAGGGUAUGUCUAGCGAUUUACGUAAAAGUGCUUUUUAAAGCGUCUGUUUUGAUGGAUUUAAUAGUUUCUUCGUUUUGCUGAUUAGCUAAGCUUCUUUAGUUGAUUGAAUUGCCAUGAACUGAACAUUGAAUAAAAGAGAAUUGCUUUGCUACUUACUAGUGAUUUUGAUC